CGCCCCUCAGUUUGCCCAAACCACCAGCCAGACCACUCCCUCUGAACUCUGAAGUCUGCGCCCAAUUCGAAGCUCCAAAUUGCUUGCUCGCGAUCUCCCAUGGCGGCGGCGGCGGCGACCACCAGGAGGCCAAGUGGGCCGGUUCUCUCAGCCGCGCACUACCGCUCCGCCUCACCCACGCGCAUCAAGCUCGCCGGCGCCGGCGCCCGGUCACCGGCCGGCCAGUCUGUCAGCGUCUCGUCCCCUGCCGGCGGCGCGCGGAGCCGGCGGACCUGCAUGUGCUCGCCGACGAACCACCCGGGCUCCUUCCGCUGCAGCCUCCACAAGGAACGCAAGGCCCCGCACGGCGGCCACAAGCCGACCUCCCCGCCGUCGCCGCCGUCCCUGGCGGGCAGCUCGAGCUCGAUGACCACCAGCCGGCUUGGCGCGAGCGCGAGCAGGCGGAUGGGCAGCGCGCUGGUGCGGAUCGGCGCCGUGGAGGGCGGCGAGUGGGCGCGCCGGGCGCUGGCGGCGACGGUGCGCCCCUCGCCCGCCGCGCAGCAGUCGCAGCACCGGCGGCGCGUGGGCGGGUUCCGCCCCCGCCCGAGCCGGCUCUCCGCUGUGUCCAUGGCCGGCGACAACGACCAAUAGACGCGCCGACAUGUCGUAGACAUAGCAUAGUAGUAGCAGUAUAGCAAUAGUAAAUAGGAAUCUCUAUAGCAUUAUGUAACGCCGAGAAGCCAGUGGAAUCAGGGGGUUUUGGACCCUGAUCCAUCGAUCCAAGGAAAAAUGCUUUCUUGUGUACAUAGAACUCUAUCUCAGCUAGCUGAUGAGCUGAAGGAGGCCGUCGGUUUGGAUGGAUAAACAUGAGUGAGGAUUGGAGACAUCUGAAUUGCCCCAACAGUGGAGACCGCUUGCGUCCAGAUCAACCCCGUCCUUUCUGUUUCUUCUUCCGCGGCCUCAUCUUCCCAGUUGUUGGGUCCGUCCGGAUAAGCUCGGGCAUCUUGAGUGCAGGUGACGCCUCUGCCUCCGCGGGCGGCCGUCGCGCCCGCCGUCAUGCGGCCCCCGUGCAUGCCAGCCAAGUCGGCGGGCCGCGGGCGGGUAGGCAGGCAGGCAAGCAGGGCGUGGGGAUGAGGAGCCUUCCACCUCGUGGGCUCCCCGGCUCGAAGCUUUGCCACGGGAAUACGGUGGGCGGCGCAGCUAGCCUUGCGUCACCUGCCUAAACAACUAUGUUCUUCACCAGAAAUCAGUUAACGUUCGUGAAUAAUAAUACUGUCGAUGAUACAGUUGAGAA